AAACAGUUGUUUAUCUUAACGCGUUUAUCUGCGGGCGCGUUGUGUUUUGUCCCUCCGAGGCGCCGUGUGUUUGUGUUGUUGGAUAGAGACGAAGAUGGCGGACGAAUUAGACCUCAGUGAACUAGACAGAGUACGGAUUUCUGCUGCGGAGCUUCGAGUUGAAGCGUCGAGUUUCGUCAACCACGGCGAUGUUCACAGAGAGGAGCAAGGAGAGGAGGGGCGUGGCGAAUGCCAGCAGCAGAGUAACCACGGCAACGACGCAUCAAAACAUCCCAAUCUGCAAUGCUACACGUCCGAGGCCAUCCACGGCAACCGUUGCCAUGACAGAAAGGAAGGCGAGGUGGUGACCUCCCCUCGUCACCCUGGAGACCCUGUAACCAUGACCUCUGACCCUGAGGAGGAGCUGGUACUGUCACCACUGCCACAGAAGGAGGAAGAAGGACUCAAGAUGGCCGCCACUGAGAUGGUUUCAACUGAACCUGGAUAUACAGAUGGAGGGAUGGGGAAAGAAGGAGAAGAUAAAUAUGGAGGAGGGGGUAGUCAUGGUGGGGAAGGUUUUACUUUUAACAGCGAAGGCUCUCAAGAAUCUGCACUACAGAAGACUCAAAGAGGUGACCACCACACCACCAGAGUCGACAACAGCAACAUUAGCAGCAACAGUAGCAGUGCAGGGGGGCCAUCGGGCUCAGGCAGCGGACCACAGAGCUCCAGACAGAGGGAUGGAGGGAGAGAGAAGGACCAGAGGGAUGGAGGGAGAGAGAAGGACCAGAGGGAUGGAGGGAGAGAGAAGGACCAGAGGGAUGGAGGGAGAGAGAAGGACCAGAGGGAUGGAGGGAGAGAGAAGGACCAGAGGGAUGGAGGGAGAGAGAAGGACCAGAGGGAUGGAGGGAGAGAGAAGGACCAGAGGGAUGGAGGGAGAGAGAAGGACCAGAGGGAUGGAGGGAGAGAGAAGGACCAGAGGGAUGGAGGGAGAGAGAAGGACCAGAGGGAUGGAGGGAGAGAGAAGGACCAGAGAGAUGGAGGGAGAGAGAAGGACCAGAGGGAUGGAGGGAGAGAGAAGGACCAGAGGGAUAGAGGGAGAGAGAAGGACCACAGUGGGAGAGACCCAGACAUCCCGGAGCCAGCAGGGGGUUCCCUUGGCUCUGCCAAGCCCACCAGGAAGACUCGUAAACCGGACCGGGAGAUCUAUCAGCCUGGGGGCCGAAGGAGCACCACCUGCACCCAGGGGAAGGAAGUGGGAAGAGAGACCAAGAAACCUGGUCCUGGGUCUGGUUCUGUUAGAGAGGAGGCUGUAGUCAGGAGAGAUCCAGCCCCACAAAAAGAGACUGGAGGAGAGAGAGGGGUAGCGGAGGAGAAGGGGAGAGGUGGCAGGUGUGAGGAGAAGGGGAGACGGCAGGGGAGGAGAGAGACAGGCAUAGCAGCAGCAGCAGUCUCAGACCCUGUAUCAGAGAAUCUGACUGGGAAGAUGGAGAAACUCAAUGUGACUGUCUCAUCCGGGAGAGAGGAGGAGGAGGAGAGAGGAGGAGGAGAGAAAGGACACGGUCAGGAAGUAGACAGGAGGAAGAAUGCCAGCGUUGAGGGCAGGAGGAGCAGAGGAGUUGAGGGAGGAAGAGCAAAUGAAGGAGAUGAGGAGAAGAAGAGAGAGAGGGGAAACCGCAGGAACAGAGGAGGAGGAGGGGAGACGGGUGGCAAUCAGGACUCCAGGAGAAGAGGGAGUGGGGAAGGAGGAGGGGGGAAGGGUGAGCGAGUGAUGAAAGAGAGAAAUAAGAGAGAGUCAGAGGGGGACAAAGAGAGGGAAGCAAACCGUCCUGCAGAUACACAGCCAACAAAAGGAAGAGAAAAACAGAGGGAUAGAGAGACAGAAAGAGAAAGACAGAGGGAUAGAGAGAUGGAAAGAGAGGAACCGAGGGAUAGAGAGACAGAAAGAGAAAGACAGAGGGAUAGAGAGAUGGAAAGAGAGGAACCGAGGGAUAGAGAGACAGAAAGAGAAAGACAGAGGGAUAGAGAGAUGGAAAGAGAGGAACCGAGGGAUAGAGAGACAGAAAGAGAAAGACAGAGGGAUAGAGAGAUGGAAAGAGAGGAACCGAGGGAUAGAGAGACAGAAAGAGAGGAACCGAGGGAUAGGGGGACGGAGAGGGACAAGCAGAGAGGGAACAACAGACCCCGAGACAGAGAGAGGGAUGGAGAGAUGGAGAGAAACAGAGAGAGGCCAGCGGAGGGGAACGAGAGGAGCAGAGCCAACACUAGUCCUAACAACCACCACCACCACCCAUCAUCGUCCUCUAAGCGUUACUCCAAGUCAGACAUCAGAAGACCCAGGAACCGCACCUACAGCACCAGCUCUGCCAGCAGUGGCACCAGUCUGGACGGACCUGGACUGGGACAGGGAGGGGGGUUGGGGGAGGACAGGGCCCGACGAGACCGGCUGGGGCGCAGGGAGCGAGAGAGAGGGGAGGGAGGAGGAGGAGGAGGUGGUCAGCUCCAGAACAGGAGGAGAAGCGCUAGAGACUCCUCUACUGACUCAAUGGAAGAGAGCAAGGUGGGAGACUGGAUGGAUGAGAGGAGGAGGAGAAGGAGGAGAGACGGAGAGGAGGACUGGAGCCCGGAGAGGAGGAAGAGGGGGGAGGAGAGCAGAGGGACAGGAGGGAGGCACAGAGGAGGAAGAGGGAGAGGAGGUCUCCUGAGAAUAUCUCACAGUGACAGACAGUCAGGCUCCUCCCAGGCUACCUCAGGCCCCGGCGAGGACCCCCAGGGGCGACGCAGACAGGGCACUGGGCCUUGCGGCAGGGGGAGGGGCAUCCUCAUCCUCCCUGCCCACACCAACCUCUCGAAUUUGCCGGCGGAGCCCGGGCCGAGGCUACUGUUUGGUGGGAUCCGUGGAGGAAGAGAAGUGGGACUAGGGAGAGGAGGAGGAAGGGGCGGAGGAACAAGGCGUCUCUGGGACCCGAACAACCCCGACCAGAAACCCGCCCUCGGGCUCUCCCAGCAUGCAUCGCUCCAGCAGCAGCAACCCAUGUACCUGCAGACAGGCGUUGGUUACGGAGCACUGCACUUCCUGGAUACAGAUGACGAGGCUGCAGGGAGUCCCCCGGUCCACCAGGCGGAGCACUUCCACCUGCAGCAGCAGGCUGCAGCCAUGGCCCAGGCCUUCUACAAGUACCAGAACUCUGACAACCCUUACCCUUACAACGCCAACCCUAACCCCAACACACGCUACCCCUACCCUUACCACACUAUGCCCGCCGGCCCUUACCAGAUCCCCCCCUCUAACGACAUGUACCACCCAGGUCAGUUCUACGGGGGGUACAGGGGCCAGGGGUACCCAGAUGGACCCGAGGCAGCAGCAGGGGGUGGAUCCGGAGCAGGUCUAACCCCUGAGGAGGCUGGGCAACAUGCCAGAGGAGAGCUGGGGAGACUGCUGAGAGCUGCGGACAGUCAGGAGUUACAGCUCACUAACCUGUUGUCUCGAGACAGACUCAGUGCUGAUGGACUGGACCGCAUGGCUCAGCUCAGAGCUGAGCUGUUGACCCUGUACGAGCGGGUGAUCCUAACAGACAUAGAGUUCAGUGACAGCCAGAACAUGGACCAGGCUCUAUGGAAGAACGUGUUCUACCAGGUUAUAGAGCGCUUCAGACAGCUCCUCAAAGAUCCCAGUGGAGACUCAGCUCCGCGCAUCACCGCCAUGCUGUUGACACUGCUGGACGAGGGGGCAGUAUUCUUUGAUGCGCUGCUGCAGAAGCUUCAGAUGGUGUUUCAGUUUAAACUGGAGGAUUACAUGGACGGCAUGGCCAUCAGACCACGACCACUACGCAAAACGGUGAAGUAUGCUCUGAUCAGUGCCCAGCGGUGUUUGAUCUGUCAGGGGGACAUCGCCCGUUACCGGGAGCAGGCCAGCGACUCUGCUAACUACGGCAAGGCCCGCAGUUGGUACCUGAAGGCCCAGCAGAUUGCUCCUAAGAACGGACGACCCUACAACCAGCUGGCCCUGCUGGCUGUUUACACGAAGAGGAAGUUGGAUGCGGUGUAUUAUUACAUGCGUAGCCUGGCGGCCUCCAAUCCCAUCCUCACUGCCAAGGAGAGCCUCAUGAGUCUGUUUGAAGAGACCAAACGCAAGGCGGACCAGAUGGGGCGGAGGCAGGAGUCAGAAGGGGGUUCCAGGGGCCCGGGCGUCCGGGGUGGAGGAAGAGGACGGGGGGAGCAGGGGGCCAGAGUAGAGAUCUGGCUUCGCCCUGUCGUCCAGGCAGGGGCUCUCUCAUCGCACCGCGGGGGCAGCGAGUCCAGCAGAGACUCUGAACAGGACGGAGAGCUCGGCAACCUCAGCGCUAGUGACCUCAAUAAGAGGUUCAUUCUCAGCUUCCUCCACGCUCAUGGAAAACUCUUCACUAAAGUGGGCAUGGAGUCGUUCCCGGAGGUGGUCAGUCGUGUUCUCCAGGAGUUCAGAGCACUGCUCCAACACAGCCCCUCUCCCCUGGGAAGAACACGCCUGUUACAGAUCAUCACCAUCAACAUGUUCACUAUACACAACGCUCAGAGCAGAGGAGGAGAUGGUGAGGUGAGGUCUGUUUUACAGGAGCAGACUACAUCUCUGGGUCUGGCCAUGUUCUCUCUGCUGGUCCAGCGCUGCACAGAACUACUGAGAGACACACCUGCAGAGCCCAUCCCUGAGGAGGAGAGAGAAGAGGGGGAUGAGUGGGAGGAGGGGAUGGUGAAAGUUUCUGCCUUCCCAUUGGACCUGAGGGAGCUGCUGCCCAGCGUUAAAGUCUGGUCUGAUUGGAUGCUUGGACACCCCGACCAAUGGAAUCCUCCGCCUUGUAGUAUAGAUGGUUGUAGCUCUGGUGUGUGGCGUAGCUUGGCCGACCUGUGUAAUGCGUUGGCGCGUGUCGACCACGGGGAAGCGCCGCUGUACAAGGCAGACGGGGACGGAGACGAGGGGGAUGAGGAGCUCCGCCUGUUGCUAUUGGAGGAGGACAGGCUGCUGGCCGGCUUCGUCCCGCUGCUCGCCGCCCCACAGGAACCUUGCUACAUAGACCUCACCAGGGAUACCGUAAUAGCAGCAGACUGUAAAAGGGUAACAGUGUUGAAGUAUUUCCUGGAGGCUCUGUGUGGACAGGAACAACCUCUCCUGGCCUUCAAGGGAGGGAAGUAUGUCUCCAUGGCAACCUCUCCCCAACCCAGCAGCCCCGGCGACGCCCACAGUCGACACGACUCACUGACCGAGAGAGAGAGCGAUGACGUCAUCGUGGAGGCGGAGUCGUCUGUUUCCGAGGGGGAUGAGGGCGGGGGCAGCGAAGAUGACAUCAGAGAGCUUCGGGCCAGACACAGCGCCCUCACUAACAGACUGGCGCAGCAGCAACGACGCAGGGACAAGAUACAGGCCGUGUUACAGACAUGUGGUCAGCUGGAGUUAGAGGUCCGUCCUCUUUUCCUGGUUCCAGACACCAACGCUUUCAUCGACCACCUGACCAGCCUCAAGACACUACUGCAGUCUGGGACUUACAUACUGGUGGUGCCCCUCAUAGUGAUAACAGAGUUGGAUGGUCUGGCAAAGGGUCAGGAGAGCUGCGGAGGCUCCGGCGGUGGUCGUGGCGGCGGUGGUUCCCGUGGAAACCCUGGCGCGACUCAUGCACGGGCGGUCCAGGAGAAGGCCAAGGUUGCCGUGGCGUUUCUGGAGCGAGGGUUCGAGGCCAGAGAGCCCUGUCUCAGAGCGCUGACCAGCAGAGGAAGUCAACUGGAGUCUAUUGCCUUCCGCAGUGAAGACACCUCCGGACAACAGGGGAACAAUGAUGAUGUCAUCUUGUCCUGCUGUCUCCACUACUGCAAAGACAAGGCUAAGGACUUCAUGCCUGCACAGAGAGACGGUCCGGUGCGGUUGCGUCGGGAGGUGGUUCUUCUGACAGAUGACCGUAACCUGCGGGUCAAAGCCCUGACCAGGAAUGUGCCGGUCAGAGACAUCCCCGCCUUCCUCACCUGGGCCAAAGUGGGCUGAACCGGGUUACAUCUUAGACCACGCCCAUAGCACUCAAACAACCAAUCAACUGCUGAGAACCGCUGGCCACCUCCCAUACCAUCGGAGUGGAGGAGGAGCCUGUAAGCUAAUGCAGAAGUGAAGACUGAUGGAGAGAAGGAGAAGAAAGCUUUUUUUGUGGAAAAAUGAAAUAUGGAAACUAAAAAGCAUUUUAUUUUGUGUGGAAUGAGUUGAAUAGGCUGAGAGCUUUUUACCCUCUCAUUGUGAUGAGGUGUGUGUGUUUACCGCUGAGCUCAGGGAGCGGAAGGGAGGAGAGGAGCAGGGAGAGUUUUAAGAGAUGCAGGAAGGCUGGCCCAUGAAGAGAGGUAGAAGACAGGAGGAGGAGAUGUAUUUGUGUUCAUUUCUGGUUUCUUUGGUCCAGCCAUGCGUCGUGCGUAACUUCUGCAGAACGUUCACAAGGCCAGCGGCAGUACUUACCUCAGUGAAAACGACAGAGAGGAAGAGAGACAUGGAAUGGAGAGGGAGGUUAGGGCUGGAGGACGAAGGCCCAAACCUGACUGAGCAGUGUUAUAGUGUGUGUCUGUGUGAGGAUCUGUUUGACUGACAGCUGCUGGAACCCCCAGAGCAGCACAGAGAGAGAGGCUUUGUAUUUUAUUUAUGUAACCUUUAUUUAACGAGGCAAGUCAGUUAAGAACAAAUUCUUUUUUACAAUGAGGCCCUACCCCGGGCCAAACCCUAACGUCGCUGGGCCGGUUGUGAUACAGCCUGGAAUCGAACCAGGGUCUGUAGUGACGCCUCUAGCACUGAGAUGCAGUGCCUUAGACCGCUGCGCCACUCGGGGGAGUGGCAGGGGAGGCAGGUUGUAGUAUCGGGGUACCAGCCAGGUUGCAGUAUCGGGGUACCAGCCAGGUUGUAGUAUCGGGGUACCAGCCAGGUUGUAGUAUCGGGGUACCAGCCAGGUUGGGGUACCAGCCAGGUUGGGGUACCAGCCAGGUUGUAGUAUCGGGGUACCAGCCAGGUUGUAGUAUAGUGGACGGGGGGGUACCUUCAUCUACCCACCCUCCUCCAAGUCCCUGUGACCCCAAACCACACUCUCAGCCUCUGAUGACCCGGAAGUGGUCCGUUUCAGUUCCUGUAAAACCAUGAAGUGAUUUUCAUCCCAGUUGCCCAGCAGCUUGUGUUGACUGAGAGUCAUUCCCAAGGCUUCUGUUAAGGAACAGCUUUAAAGACAAAAAGACAAAGGAAAAAUACUUGGUCUUUUUUAGCAUUGUGCGGUGGUGGGAGUGUGUUGUUUCUGAGUUGGCUGGUGUAUCCAUUGGGAGUGUGUGAUGUUUAGGCUCUACAGAGGAGCUUUUCUGUCAGCAGUCGUUCUCACUCACCUACCCUUUUAGUUUGUUGUUUUUAAGAGUUUAAAUAUUAUAAUUAGAUUGAACGUUAGUUUUAGGUCAUUGUAAAUUUUGUGUGUUUGUUUUCCUUUGUUUUUAUUUUUUUUAAUUCUAUAUCUAUGUUCAUUCUAAGUGCAGAACUUUGUGCUGAUCUGUUUCUUUAUGAGUGGCUAAGACCUGGGCUGCGUCCAAAAUGGUACGCUGUGGGCCCUGGUCAAAAGUUGUGCACUAGGCCUAUAAGGAACAGGGUGCCAAUAGGGUGCCCUACACUGAUCAUACAAUUAACAACGGAAUUAGCUUUUGUAGCACCUUCAGUGUGCACACGUUAACAAGCUGGUAUGAUACGUGUGUAAACGUGCGUGUGUGUCAGAGAACACAAUAUUAUGCACUGUGUCAGACAGACUGGAGUCUUUUCACAACCAUAAAACGUCCCACGCAAUACAAACAAAGAGGACAUCAGUGAGGGUCUGAUGUCAUCCUCACGUAAUGUUUGAUCAGCAUGCUAUAAUGGUUUACUGUGCAUGCUGACGUUACCGGUUAACGUGUUACCGGUUCUAAUCUGUCCACCAGACGGCACAAGUUAGUUGGUUUAUUAUCUAUGACAGUAACACACACACAGUUGAGUAAUUUCACAAAGCAUUAAACAUCAGUCUUGUAAGCCCAAGUCUAUGAACAACUACAUAUAGAUAGAUUUGGUAUAAAUGAGUUGAUACUCUAAAUCAUUUGAUCUUUACCUUUGUGUGUUGUUUAUUUGCCAAAACCAUAGCUAGUUAACUUGUUGAUCCCACUUGUUUAGGAAUCUUUAAGUGGGUCCCAAUGAUCUCUCCUUUCUCCCAAAGUGUGCACUUGUUCCCUUUUUGUGGGAGGGAUUGGUGAUCGACAGCGCACUUCAGGAGGAAGGAGGUAUUCCCGGGACGCCCUCUCCGUCUACUCUCACUGUUCUGUCUAUAUGCUGGAGCUGACCCCAGGCCUGCAUGUACUAUCCUAUCACAAGGCUUUUUCAUUCUUUUCCAUGAGUUGUUUGAAUAAAUUAUUUGUUUUGAUUCAAA